CUCCCCGCCCACCUCGCCACCCUCAUCCUCUCCCACCUCCCGCCUCCAACCCUCCUCCUCUGCACCCUCGUCUCGCGCACCUGGCGCCACGCAUCCCUCCACCCGCUCCUCUGGCAGCAGCAUUGCGUGGAUGAGGGGAUCGGGAUCGGGCCGGGCAGCGAGUACCUGUUGGAGACAUGCGAGGGGGAUCUGGGCCGGUGGUGGUGUGCUGUUUACAGGGACGGGGUGGUGAGACGGCGGAACUGGAGGCAAGGGGUUUAUAGGUUCUGGAGCGUGCCGGUGGUGGAGGUGCGGGACAGCAUUAACUGUUUCUGGUACGACACCGACAAAAUCAUCCUCGGCACCCGCCGCCACAAGCUCCUCCUCAUCACCAUCCCCACCCCCACGCUCUGGUCCGACCUCGCCUCGCUGCCGACCCCAACCCCGCCACCGCCGCACCUCACCUUCCACUCCGCGCACACGGUGCCCAUCAUGUCGCUCGCCCUCCCGCGGCCCACGCACACCUCACAACACCUCCUCGCGAGCGUCGACGGCGGCGGGACCCUGGUCCUGUGGAACGUGUUCACGGGGCAGGAGAUUGCGCGGCUGGCGGGGGCGCACGAGGGCGGGAUCAGCAGCGUGGCGAUCGUGGAGGGCGGGCGGGCGGUCGUGACGGCCGGGUUCGACAGGCUGGUGCGCGUGCACGAGGUGCGGGAGGUGUGUGCGGAUCCCGAGGACGGGUCCGAGGAGAGUUUGGAGGCCGACGGGACCGUGCCGUCGCCGGGGGCGUCGAAUGAGGAUGUGGACGGUGGCGGUGGGGACGGCGUGGAUUCGCAGAGUCGCACGCACUCACUGUCGCGCCGGACGACGCCGGGGCCGCGAAGACGCCGGAGCGCGGAUACCACCACCCCUACCCCCACCACCGAACCCGCGCAGGGUGUAACUCGCAGCGCAACAUUACCGCCCCACCCCGGCCGUCGGCGCCGGAAGUUUGAGCUCGCGACGGUGGGGACGAUGCGCGGGCAUACGGGGGAUGUGUUUUGCAUGGCGGUUGUGGAGGGCGAGGGGAGGGUGGUUACGGGGAGUGUGGAUCAGAGCGUCAAGGUGUGGAACCUCGCGGACAGGACGUUGAUCCGGAGCAUGCGCGGCCACCGCGACUCGGUCACCUGCAUCGCCGUGCAGGACGACUACGCCUUCAGCGGGUCGCUGGACAUGACCAUCCGGCAUUGGGACAUCUCAACCGGCGACUGCAUCCGCACCCUCACCGCCCACACCAAAUGGGUCAAAGCCCUCGCCGUCAACGACGACUACCUCGUCAGCGGCGGGUGGGAUGAGUGCAUCAUCGUAUGGGACUGGGCAAAAGGCACACACCUCCACACGCUAACCAUCGACCACGGCCCGAUCGUGUGUCUGCAGUUUGACGAGAGUAAGGUUGUGGCGGUGUGCAGGGGGGAGGGCGUGCAGCACUGUGUCGCUGUGUUGGAGUUUGCGGGGUGGGUGCCAGCUGGGGCGACGGGCGCGGGAGGGGAUGUGGUGAGGGCGGGUGGGGCGGAGACCACUUCCAAGGAUCGACCAUCCCCGCAGCUGGAGGGAGAUGCGACGGCCCCGGAAGAGGCGGCAGCGGAAGCGUUACCGAUACUCCGCGAACAGACGGAAAUCAGCGUGCGAGCGGCGUCCAUCCCACAUAUCGAGGCCGCGGACGCUAUCCCGCGCCGAAUCCGCGACGUAGGACGGGAUGAAGAAGAAGCUGUGGAAGCUUCCAAAGGCGAGCCACAAGCGUCAGGGUUGUCGGCGAGCAGCAGCGAAGAAUGUUUUGAGGAUGCGCGGGAGGAUCUGUUGAGCGAGACGGAGGAGGUGUAG